AUGCCGUUCAUUGGCAGGCCCAACAGCAUUUGCUCUUUCCCAAAACAAUGGACUAAUUUCCCUCCUUCCUUUCUUUCCACUCCUUGCCCUUCCAUACCUGCCCUCCCCAUAUCCGUACCUUCCCAUCCUUUACCUCGCCUCACCUCGAGAUCCAUCCAUCACCAGUCAUCGCUGGUCACCUUCGCCUUCACCUUCACAGUCACUCGCUGUUUGCAUCUUCCUUCUUACCCUUUGUUGUUUGUCAUCCUUCUACCGCCUUCUUACCGACUACGCGCCCUCGUUUCUUUCAUCUUUUCUUCACCUCCCAUACACCCAAACUCUGCGCCUUCCCACACCCCCCGGUCCAAACGACUUCACCUUUCCAAGUGGCAAGUACUGGCGCCCUUGACAGCUCCCAGUUCUAUUUUCGAUCACCACCAUACCGAUAGACGAGGGGUCCCGCAUCUCUGCAUCUGGGAUCUGGAUCUAAUUCAUUUUCACUCUAUUUCUGCCUGGCAACUUAUCCUAACCGGGACCGAGCAGGUGUCCGUACGAACUAUCCAUACAGGCAAUCCCAAUAGGCAGACGUCGUUGACUUGCCACCUACACAACUCCACCCACGACCGGACUUCUCGCUACCACCGCCGCACCUGCCUACGCUGCCUGCCUACCAACGCCAAAGUCCCUUUCAUCUUGACGACUACACACCGAGCGAGGCCCCAUCACCUUUUUUUCUCUUUGCCUUUUGUCGACUCUUCAUCUCACGAUUCCCUUUGUCUCAGAGUCGUCUUCGAGUCUCAUCGCCCGAACCCUCUGCGGCAUACUGCUUUACGGAUCACCUCCUUGCUGCCGUUGCAAAGGAUAUCGCAUCCGUCUGCAAGCUCUAGUCAAGAGUUCCACCCUGACUAA